AUGGAUGGUGUUUACGGAAGAAUAGAGGUCUUCCCGCAGCACUUCACGCCCGAGAAAGAGCCCAUGGACGGUGCUGAUGGUCUGUCCACAAGUAAGAGCAACAUGGAUCCGUCACCAAGUCCACGUAGGCGUUCUUGGACCCCGAAACGAGUCAAGGGAGUUUAUCGCUUCUGCAACUGUUGUCUAUUCCUUGCAUUAGGUGGUCUUCCAGCAACAAGGAUGAUGACAAGGUUACAAUGUUUUCUAACUAUAUCGGACCUCUGUUUCUGUCAUGUAUCACGAAUCCUGUCUUACAAGUACACCGACGGUUUUCACUGUUAUCAGACCGAAUUGACAAGAGCUGAAGUAGAAUCAUUACGAAGCGAAAUUGCCGAUGCCGAUGAAAGGGUGUCCCAGCUAAAAGCCCGGUUAGAAAAUAUUGACGAAGCCUUGAGAUAUGCACUCCUUUCCGGGUACCUCCAUAUCAGAAGUAGAUGGACUCAACUUCCUGGGGAGCCACCUAUCAUAGACGACGCCGAUGUCGAUGACUGGCUUCCUCGUUUUGUUGUCCUACAAGGACAGUGUUUAUACUACUAUCUGAAGUGUACUGAGGCGAACCUUGUGUCUGCCACAUCGAUGAGUUUAGUGGCUAUUGUGUGUGGUGGAAUAGAGUCAAGUUAUAUAAUCACAAUACCCAUAACCUACGGAAGAUAA